GGCCAGGGGACCUAUAUAUGUGAAGGCAUGGGUUCUCAAGGCUGGUUCCGCACGAAGGCAUGCAAGCUCUUGGCAGUAGAUGGAUAGGCGGGUUUUGUGCCACAUGGAUUCCAACAUGAUUCGAGCCUCUUUGAUUUGAGCAAAUUCUAAGUUUGGUUCUUUUAUUUGAUUUCUUGACAAUUUACAGUAAAAUCUGUAUGCUGUAAAGCAAGCAUCGAGUCUACUUCGAAGACAUACACAUUGGGCUUUGCCUUCUCAAAACGCAACGUUUUUGGUUUCUGUUCCCGGAGAAGUCCUCAAAUAUCUCCCACACAAAGAACAACCUGUGAAACUGAUAAACCUCAGUUAAACCUACUCCUCUUCACUCAACAAUCUUUUCAAAUUUUUAUUUGCGUUUUCCUCACAAUCCCAUCUUCAAUAAAACAUGCAAGUCUCUCUCCCCAUUUCACCCUCCAAUCUCCCCUCAAUUUUACCAUUCCACCACCCCAUUCAUCCCCCUCACCAUCCCCACAAAAACCUUGCUUUCCAAACUCAAGCCAGCCCCUUCGACGCCCUCAAAACCUCAGGCUAUUUAUCCACAAUCAGCCGUGCUAUAGAGGAAGAAGAAGAGUACCGCAAAGCCAGAGCUACUGUCACCAGGAAGGGUAUUGAAGUCGAAGGCUGCUUCAUUGAAGGACUCUCUAUUGGUGGCCAUGAAACCUGUGUCAUAGUUCCUCAAUUCAAAUCUGCUUUUGAUAUUGGGCGGUGCCCCUCUCGUGCUAUUCAGCAGAAUUUUGUUUUCAUUACCCAUGCUCAUCUUGAUCACAUUGGUGGGCUGCCAAUAUAUGUAGCUAGCCGUGGUUUGUACAACUUAAAGCCUCCGACAGUAUUUGUACCUCCAUGUAUCAAAGAGGAUGUGGAGAAGCUGUUGGAUAUUCACAGGACAAUGGGACAAGUGGAACUCAAUCUUGAUUUGGUCGCACUUGAUGUUGGUGAAACAUACGAAUUGCGAAAUGACAUUGUCGUCCGACCAUUUAGAACUCACCAUGUUAUACCAAGCCAGGGUUAUGUCAUAUACUCUAUUAGAAAAAAGCUGAAGAAGCAGUACAUUCAUCUGAAAGGGAAACAGAUUGAGAAAUUGAAGAAAUCUGGUGUUGAGAUCACAGACAUCAUUUUGUCUCCAGAGGUGGCAUUUACAGGGGAUACAACAGCAGAAUACAUGCUUGAUCCACGAAAUGCAGAUGCCUUGAGGGCCAAAAUUCUUAUAACUGAGGCAACUUUCCUUGAUGAAGGCUAUAGCAUUGAUCAUGCAAGACAACAUGGUCAUACUCAUUUAUUUGAGAUCAUUGAACAUGCUCAGUGGAUCAGGAACAAGGCCAUCCUAUUAACACAUUUCUCAUCCCGUUAUAGUAUAGAGGACAUUCGUCUAGCUGUUUCAAAGUUGCAGUCUAAAGUGUCAGCAAAGGUGGUUCCUCUAACAGAGGGUUUCAAAUCAAUGCACUCAUAGUCUGUCUUUUUCAGAAGAUGUGAUGAAUUAGAGACUAGAGUAUAGAGAAAUGAGUAAAAAAACAUGUAAUUUUCCCCCUUUGUAAUAUAUUGACUGUGUGCAUAAAAUUUUUCUGAUUUUGUA